UUGAGGCUACCGAGGUUCGGGUUUUGACAAAAUUAAAAACAAAUUGCUCCUGGCCUCUUCCUUCUCUACCUGCAUUCCUUCGGCCGGCCACGCAACAGAUGGUCCCAUGGCGAGAUGGGGACUCUGUUUCGUGAUGCUUCUUGUUGCAGCUUCAGCUUCCCUCUGCAAGGCUACCAAUCCUCUCUACACGCUGUGUCCAACCACUUCCAAUUACACCGCCAACAGCACCUUCCAACGAAAUCUCAACACCCUUUUCCUCUCCCUCUCCAGCAACGCCUCCAUAAAUGGCUUUACCACCGCCACGGCCGGCGAAACCCCUGAUGAAGUCUACGGCCUCGUCCUCUGCCGCGGCGACGUCUCUGCUGCCGACUGUGCAAACUGCACCUCCGAUGCAACCACUCAGAUCCUCCAGCGAUGUCCCAGCAGCAAAUCAUCAAUUAUAUGGUUCGACAACUGCUUCUUGCGAUAUUCCGACCAGAGCUUCUUCGGAACCGUGAACACCGGGUUUAGGUACUACAUGUGGAACCAGAAUAACGUAUCGGAUCCCACGCUCUUCAAUUCGCAGCUCGGAAAUCUCAUGGCAAACCUCUCUUCGACGGCGACGACCGAUUCAUCCGGCCGGCUGUUUGCUGCCGGAGAAACCAAAUUCAACGACUUCCAGAAGAUAUAUGGGUUGGUGCAGUGCACGAGAGACUUAUCCAGCGAUGGUUGCAGCGGCUGCCUUUCGGAAGGAAUCGGGGCGAUACCAGCUUGCUGCAAUGGGAAGCAGGGGGGCCGGGUUCUCAUGCCUACCUGCAACAUAAGGUAUGAAGUGUACCCGUUCUUUAACGCCUCCGCCAUCAACCAGCCAUCACAGUCGCCAACCGGUGUGGCUUCGCCGCCGGCCGGUCAACCGUCAGGCGUUUCUCCACCUCCUUCCAACGCGUCGACGACAGGUUCCACAACCACAAACAAAUCAUCAAGAACCACUGUGAUCGUCGUCUCCAUCUUGGUUCCAUCUGCUCUGAUCCUUUGCAUCCUUGCCACUGUCUUAUGUAUCAAGAAAUCCAAGAAGAAGAACAUCGUCGCACAAAGCCAUCGCGAUCACGAGGAACACAUUGGGAGCAAGGAAUCGUUCAUUUUCGACUUAAGCAUCAUUAAAGCUGCUACCAACGACUUCUCUCAAUGGAACAAGUUAGGGGAAGGUGGAUAUGGUCCUGUCUACAAGGGUGAAUUGCCGGAUGGCCAGGAAAUAGCAGUAAAAAGGCUGUCUAGCCGUUCAGGCCAAGGAGUGAUUGAGUUCAAAAACGAGGUGAAAUUGGUAGCCAAGCUUCAGCACAGGAACCUGGUUCGGCUUCUUGGGUGCUGCCUUGAAGAAAAUGAAAAGAUUCUGGUCUAUGAAUACGUGCCCAACAGAAGUCUUGACUACUUUUUAUUUGACCAAACCAAAAGAAUGCAAUUGGACUGGCUGACAAGAGUCAAGAUCAUCAAUGGCAUUGCAAGAGGACUUCUUUAUCUCCAUGAAGAUUCUCGACUCAAGAUCAUUCACAGGGACCUGAAAGCCAGCAAUAUACUGCUAGAUAAGGACAUGAAUCCAAAGAUUUCGGACUUUGGAAUGGCGAAACUCGUGGGGUUGGAUGAAACGCAGGGCAACACAAGUAGGAUUGCUGGGACAUAUGGCUAUAUGUCACCAGAAUAUGCCAUGAAAGGCCAAUUCUCAGUUAAGUCAGAUGUGUUCAGCUUUGGGGUUUUGAUGCUAGAGAUUGUAAGCGGUCAGAAGAUUUCUUCAUUUUCUCAGUCACAGUAUGGUCAAGACCUCCUUAGUUAUACAUGGAGACUCUGGACGGAAAACAAGGCAACAGAACUACUGGACGAGACAUUGAGAGAGUCAUGCCAAAUGAGGGAAGCAGUGAGGUGCAUCCAUGUCGGGUUACUAUGUGUUCAAGAGGAUCCAGCGCUUAGGCCAACAAUGUCCUCAGUUGUUCUCAUGCUUAGCAGUGGUUCUUUUACACUUGUUGCUCCUUCAACUCCAGCUUUCUUUGUGGGCAGAAGCCCAAUGGAGUUUGGGUCCAUCUCCACUGGUUCAUCUGUUGAAACAACAAAAUUAGAUGCGUCAAAAGGUGGCUCAAGAGCACAAUCCAUUUCUAGUGCUGACUUUUCCAAGUUAGAUGCCAGAUGAAGUGCUUCCCCACAUCUACGCCUAUUACUCAUUCGAACCUUUUUAUUUCAAAUUUGUUGUUUCUAGCAGAGCAAGAGAUAACUUGACGAGUGUAUUUGUUUGACGUUGUAUUUUUUUCCUUAAAUUGGUUAUAACGUACCACAUAAUAAUGAUAAACAGUAUUUUCCAGUAGCUAAUUGGUACGUCUUUUAAACCUUUGAAUCUGCUGAUACUAGAGGAUGUAGAAUCCUUCGUUACAGAGAUGGUGACUGAGAAGCGGCCGUGGUAUAGGUGUUUAUCAUCAUGCAGCGUCAAUGACAACGUGUAUUCAACACAGAAAUUAUGACUAAAUCUGCGACUAAUAUCAAGCGUCAUAUUACUUGCUUCAAAGUUCCCUUGGGAGCUGCUUGGCAAUAGGAACUGCUUGUCACUGUUCCAUGAAUCCUAUCAUAAGAAUUGGGACACGUUCAUAGAACAUUGUGCAGAUUCAUGUUGCCAUAUCACGCUUGAGAAAUAGAAAAGCACUAAGAAAUCAUCUGCCUGAUCUGCCGGCCAACCGAACCAUAUAGGAGUGAAUGAGAACUCUGCAGGUAAUUUGUAGGACAGCUGUAGGAGCUGAAAAAGUUCUGCCCCUUGAAAGGCCACUGAAGUGCUGCUCAAUCAAGUGCCACGUACAUGAUAGUCAGGUGUUCAGCACGAUCGAA